CUCUCUCUCUCUCUCUCUCAUUGCCUGCCAUUCUUCCGUCUUUCCUCAAACGAGAAAAAGGACUCUUUUUACGAAUGGCUUUCAUCACCAGUCGAAAUCCGUCUUACAAUCCCUUCCCUCUUCGUCUCAAACCCUAACCCUAGGGGGCGGGCGCGCGCUUGAGAGAGAAACUCUAAUCCUAUAAGGGAGGUAGGGAGGGGUAGAAACCCUAGCCCUAGACGUGGUUCACAGGGGCGGUCUCCGGCAGAAGCUCUCAUUCGGGGCUUGUCUGCCACGUAGGAUGAAGGGCCUCUUCAAAUCCAAACCCAAGACCCCGGCCGAGCUCGUCCGCCAGACCCGCGAGCUCCUCAUCUAUGCCGACCUUAACUCGAAUCCCCGGGAGGCGAAGCGGGAGGAGAAGAUGGCAGAACUAAGUAAACUCAUUCGUGAGCUCAAAUCAAUUCUCUAUGGCAAUAGUGAAUCAGAGCCAGUCACAGAAGCUUGUACACAGUUGACUCAGGAGUUCUUUAAAGGGAAUACUCUUCGUCUCCUAAUUGUUUGUCUUCCGAAAUUGAACCUGGAGGCUCGUAAAGAUGCGACUCAAGUUGUUGCUAAUUUGCAAAGGCAGCAGGUUCAGUCCCGGCUGAUUGCUUCUGAUUACUUGGAAGCAAACAAAGAUCUUAUGGAUCUUUUGAUAUCAGGGUAUGAAAACAUGGACAUUGCAUUACACUAUGGUGCAAUGUUGAGGGAGUGCAUUCGACAUCAAAGUAUAGCAAGAUACGUCUUGGAGUCAGAUCACAUGAGGAAAUUUUUCGAUUAUAUACAGCUCCCAAAUUUUGACAUUGCUUCAGAUGCCUCAGCAACAUUUAAGGAGCUUUUGACAAGGCAUAAAUCAACAGUAGCUGAGUUUCUUACUAAAAAUUAUGAUUGGUUUUUUGCAGAAUUUAACUCAAAGCUGCUGGAGUCUGAAAAUUACAUCACUAGGCGACAAGCUGUCAAGCUUCUGGGCGACAUGUUACUGGAUCGUUCAAAUUCUGCUGUUAUGAUGCGAUAUGUCUGCUCAAAAGAUAACUUGAGGAUCCUGAUGAAUCUUCUCAGGGAAUCGAGUAAGAACAUCCAAAUAGAAGCAUUUCAUGUGUUUAAGCUAUUUGCGGCUAAUCAGAACAAGCCACCUGAAAUCGCGAGCAUACUUGUUGCGAAUAGAAGCAAGAUUCUCCGGUUCUUCAGCAACUUCAAGUUGGACAAAGAGGAUGAGCAGUUUGAGGCGGAUAAAGCACAGGUGAUCCGAGAGAUUGCCUCUUUGGAACCUAGAGACCAGCCCUGACUAGCCCAAGCCGUCGAAGAAUCUGGUGUAUGUGUAUUCUUAUUUAAAUGUAUCUGUAAAAUGUACGAGUUAUAUCAGAAUCAUUCCAUCGAGUUUGAAGAUCUAUGGCAUUGACAGCCAUGCGACUAGCGGAAGAACGUCUUGAUAAUCACCAAUCGAACAGAUUGGUGGUGCCUUUCAAUAUCAAUAUAAUAAUAGUUAUAUUUAGUAGUA